AUGGGAAUGAAGGAGCAGAUCAAAGGUUUGGGACUCUCAGAGACAACAGCGGCCCAUCUACAACCAUCCAUUGUGAAGAGUUCAUUCUAUGUUAUUCAUGAAGCGGAUAGAGACAGAGAUAGGAAGCUCAUCACAGAAAUUUAUAAGGCAAAGAAUGAUAUGGAGAUGUUACAACAGAGUGAAAUUGAGUUUUCAAUAGAUAAGGUACAGCAGAUUUUGUCAGAAUUUCACCUUGAGAAAGAGGAGCUGCUGGAAGUGACGCGGAGAAUACAACAGGAAAUGGAGAAGGGCCUGCGGCUGGAGACCCACAAAACAGCCAGUGUCAAGAUGCUGCCCACUUACGUACGUUCAACACCAGACGGCUCAGAGGUUGGAGAUUUCCUGGCGCUGGAUCUGGGGGGCACAAAUUUCCGUGUGAUGCUGGUGAAAGUAGGUGAAGAUGAGAAGGGCGAUUGGAAAAUUGCAACCAGUAACCAGAGGUACUCCAUCCCAUUUGCUGUCAUGACUGGCACAGCAGAAAUGCUCUUUGAUUACAUUGCUCUGUGUAUCUCCAACUUCUUGGAUGAACACAACAUGAAAGACAAGAAGCUGCCAUUGGGAUUCACAUUCUCAUUCCCUGUCCGUCAUGAGGACAUUGACAAGGGGAUCCUUCUGAACUGGACCAAAGGGUUUAAAGCAUCUGGAGCUGAGGGGAACAAUGUGGUAGGACUACUUCGUGAUGCCAUUAAAAGGAGAGGGGAUUUUGAAAUGGAUGUGGUUGCCAUGGUGAAUGACACUGUCGCAACAAUGAUCUCCUGUUAUUAUGAAGACCACAGCUGUGAGGUCGGAAUGAUAGUAGGCACUGGCUGUAAUGCCUGUUACAUGGAGGAAAUGAAAAAUGUGGAGUUGGUGGAAGGAGAAGAAGGAAGAAUGUGUGUGAACACUGAAUGGGGGGGUUUCGGAGACACGGGUGAGCUAGACGAGUUCCGUCUAGAAUACGAUUGUGUUGUUGAUGAGACGUCAAACAAUCCAGGGUAUCAGCUAUAUGAAAAGAUUAUUGGUGGGAAGUACAUGGGUGAGCUAACACGACUUGUGCUGCUGAAAUUGGUAAAUCAAAACCUGCUCUUCAAUGGAGAGUCAUCCCAGCUGCUGAAAACACGAGGCAGCUUUGAAACAAGAUUCCUCUCACAAAUAGAAAGUGACACAGGGGACCAGAAGCAGAUCUAUAAUGUUCUGACAAAACUAGGUGUGUUGCCAUCCGAAGCAGAUUGUGAUAUUGUCCAUUUGGUAUGUGAAAGCGUGUCGACACGGGCGGCACAUGUAUGUGCUGCAGGACUGGCAGGUGUUAUAAAUCGAAUGUGGGAGAACAAGCGCAAAGAAACAAUGAGGAUUACAGUCGGAAUUGAUGGAUCGGUUUACAAGUUACAUCCUCACUUCAAACACAGAUUUCACACAAUGGUUAGAGAACUUGCACCUCCCUGUGACAUCACUUUCCUCCAGUCUGAAGAAGGCAGCGGUCGAGGUGCAGCGUUAAUCUCCGCUGUGGCGAGCAAGAUGGCCAGCUGA